CAUAUGGGGGCGGAAUCGGCGGUUUCGAUCCAUUUGUGUGGGAGUGUGGAAGCUAAUGUGUAGUCGAAAUAAUUGUUAAAAUUAUUAAAUAACAGAAAAUCAGUCUGUACUACUAUUGAAGUAGUAUAAAAGUCUGAAUUGCUUAAAGUGUGAAAUCGUCUUGAAACUAUAAUCUCAAAAGUAUACGUGAUGCAACGCUAAAAAUUUUUUAAAUUAUUGUUUUUACACUACCUCUGAUAGUAGCGUAUUUAUUUUUAAAUAUUUAAUCAUUUAGUAAAAUAUUAAUUAUUCAUCAAUAUGAGUGCAAAUUCGUCGAAUUUUAUUAUGUUAAAAAAGCAUAUCCUUUUAUUUAUAUUUAUGCUGAGUCAAGUUAACAGUGAACAAGGAGAUCAUAUACAUACUACUAUGCAAUAUACUAAAGAUAAUUUUUCAACAGAAAUUCAGAAGAAAAAUCAUUUUAUCAUGUUUUAUGCACCUUGGUGCGGUCACUGUCAAAGACUGGAACCUACAUGGGAACAAUUAGCUAAAAUGUCAAACUUAGAGGAUAAGAAUGUAAAAAUUGCUAAAGUAGAUUGUACUACAGAUAAUAGUUUAUGCACAGAACAUGAUGUUACUGGUUAUCCUACAUUAAAGUUUUUUAAAGCUGGAGAAGCCAAAGGUACUAAGUUCAGAGGUGCAAGGGAUUUGCCAUCUUUAACAUCUUUUCUUACUGCUCAGCUGGGUAUAUCCAUGGAAAGUGAAGAUGAGGCACCAACGCCUCCUGAACCGGUAAAUGGUUUAUUGGAAUUAACAGAGGAUACUUUCGAUAAACAUGUAUCUACUGGCUAUCAUUUUGUGAAAUUUUAUGCACCUUGGUGUGGCCACUGCCAAAAAUUAGCUCCUACCUGGGAAGAAUUAGCUAAUAGUUUACGUAAUGAUAAUUAUGUUAGUAUUUCCAAAGUAGAUUGUACACAACAUCGUAGUGUUUGUGGACAAUUUGAUAUAAAAGGAUAUCCAACAUUGCUUUGGAUUGAAGAUGGAAAGAAGGUGGAUAAAUAUGCUGGGCAACGUACUCAUGAAGAGCUUAAAGUUUAUGUAUCAAAAAUGCUUGAGAAAGAAAAUGACCAAGCUAACAUUAAGACUGAAAAUUUAGAUAGUACAACUCAUACUGUACUCAGUUUAACCGGUGAAAGCUUUAAACAUGGUAUCGAAAACGGAAUUUCGUUCGUUAAGUUUUUCGCACCUUGGUGUGGGCAUUGUAAACGUUUAGCGCCUAUUUGGAAAGAUCUUGGGAAAAAAUUCUUAACAAACGACAAUGUGAAAAUAGCGAAAGUAGACUGUACUCUCGAUGUAAGUAAAGAAUUGUGCAAUGAACAAGAAGUAGAUGGUUUUCCGACUUUGUAUUUAUAUCGCGACGGACUUAAAGUUUCUGAAUACAAUGGUGCUCGAAAUUUAGACGAUCUUACCGAAUUUGUACUGAAUUAUAUACAGCCGCAUGACGAAUUGUGAUUAUACAUAUUUUUCUUGUAACUAAUCUAAUUUUAAAGCAAUAUCAUUAACUUAAACUGAUUUUAUAUUUAUAUAUAUAUACAUAUAUAUAUAAAUGUGUAACAUUUAAUUUAAUUAUACAUAAAUGUAAGAAGCAUCACAUAAAAACCCCAAGGUAACCAGGCCAUAUAUUUUUCAUUUUUGUAUAAAAUAUUAAAAGAAAAAUAUUACAGAACUAUUAUAUUUUUGCGUGAACUAAUCGUGUACUUCCAAAAUAUAUUUAUAAAAUUAUU